AAGUUUUUAUCUUUUUCUUUCCAAUUUUUCUGCAAUUUUGAAGACUGUUAUUUAAAUCAUCUACCUAAAUGCGAUUGACACCAAUAGAGGAUACAAUGAAAGAAAAUCUUCAAACACAUGAUGUAAAACUAGAGUGGGAUAGUCAUCGAAUAGAAGAGAAUUCUUCUCAUCAGAUGAGUCGUUCGCAAAUAGAUCAGCAUCAACAGGCUCAGCAACAGCAUAUGUCUAUGAAUAAUCCGCGAAGUGUUAUAACAAGUCGUCGACAUGUACGCACAAUAACUACUACUGGUCAAAUAACAGAAUGCGUAGCUAAUUCUGAAUCAACUUCGCCAGAAACUGUACAAACGGAAAUGCAUCAUAUUAUUCAUCAACAACAUUCUCAAAGUCAUCCAACUAGAACUAUUAAGCAAGAAAGUCAAGAACCACCUGCUUAUUCGGAAAAGCAUCAAUACAACAUACGUAUAUCUCAUGAACAAAGUCCAGAAGAUCAGCAACGAGUAAUUGAGCAUCAACAUCCGAAGCACCAACAGCAUAUUAUUUUUACAUCUACAAAUAGUCAUGAAAUGCAAAUUGAAGAAUCGGAAUCCGUGGAAUCAACCAUUACUAUGACCGUUGAAGAGCCGACGAGGUAUGAAACACCAGUUCCAGAACGCUUAGAACUUGAUCGUGUAACAUACGUAACAUAUUCUGAGGAUUCGGAAUUAAGACGCGAUGCACAAGUAAUAGCAAUACAAGAGCACCAACGUCAAGGUGUUUCAAAUCAAUCGCAGAUUCAGCAAGUUUCCCAUCAACGAUUCAGUCCGCCUGAUACAGCGCAGGGUCCGCCUCUAAGUCGCUAUCAAGCGUCACCUAAUGGCACAUCAGCAGGGGAAAGUUAUGAAACACAUGCGGUGGUCUCUCAAUCCAGCAACGGGAUGCAUCUCAAUUCUUCUGCGCAGAAUUUUUCUUCAUCAUUGGAUCUUAUUAGGCCAAAUCAACAGAUCCAACAACAACACUUAAUAGCAACAGCUUAUACCGAUGCAACUGGUACUGUAAAAUACAGCACAGAAGUUAGUAUCGCCGCUGAUAGUUUAAAAGCAUCAAGUACGUAUACUACAUUGGAAACCGUACCUCUUUCAUCAACUCAAUCAAUUCCAUAUGCACAGUAUAUUACUUCAGAGGCAUUUCAGCAAACACCUUCUAAUUAUAGUUAUCCCAAACAUCAAGAAAUUUUCAUUUAUCCAGCAUCUAGUCAAGCUUCAAAAACUGGUGAGAUUGAGCAUACAACCGGUGUUUACGUAAAAAGUGAUCCGACUUUAACCUCUUCUUCACUGAUGCGUUCAGCUUCUCUUCAGUACGAGCAACCAGCUUCUCCUUCCCAGGUUAACCUCUAUCCAAAUGGAACGCUUACAUAUCAAUUUGCUAAGCCUGCAAAUGAUCAAUAUUGGGCAACGACAAGUGGAUCCUCACCGCCUCAAACUUUUGACUAUGUACAGGGCUAUACGGGCGUACCUGCUAUUUCAACAAGCGAUGGAAGCAGUAUGAUUUUUUCUAAUGGUUCAUAUAUAACUAGUGGGCCAUCAUCACCUUGGACAACAAUACCUUUACCGAAUAAUGAUGAAGCUUUUGAAGGUACGUCCUUAAAUAAUGAAUCAAAGGAAUGUGUAAACUGUGGUGCUAAUACAACACCGCUUUGGCGAAAAGAUGGAACUGGUCUGUAUUUGUGCAAUGCUUGUGGAAUUUAUUGCAAAGCGAAUGGAAUGAAUAGACCGCCUGUGCAACGUGUAAAACCUAAGACGUCUGUACUACCGGUGAGUGUUGGAGGAAGAAGAAUAGGUGUAAGAUGUGCAAAUUGCGGAACAACUACAACUACACUUUGGAGGCGAAAUAAUAAUGGCGAACCAGUAUGUAAUGCAUGUGGAUUAUAUUACAAACUUCAUGGUGUGAAUCGACCGAUGAGCAUGAAGAAAGAUGCCAUUCAAUCAAGGAAAAGAAAACCGAAAAAUCAUACAAAUUUAAAUAAUAAUCUUGGAUUAUCAAAUGCUAUUCACAAACAAGAAAUUAAGACUAAUUUACUUGGCUUGGUGGAAGAAACGUGAAAGAGAAAGAACAUUAAAUUGCCCAUCCUACUUUCUAAUAUGGAUUUUUCGAUACACAAGGAUAAAUGGCUAUUUAUACUUUCUUCGGAUUAUUGAA